AUGUCAGAGGUGGAUGUCUUCAGCCUUAUCGAUAGCGAUGGGAGCGGAACGAUUAGUCGAGAAGAACUCGAAAGGGCAAUCACGCAGAAGAACAUUGACAAGAGCGUCGUUCAGAAACUCUUUGAUGUCUUCGACCAGAACGAAGAUGGUCAGAUCUCAAGAGAGGAAGCCUAUGCCAAAGUUUUUGCAAAGGAUCCAUACGACGAGCACCUUAUACAGAAAUUUCAUGAACUCGAUGACAACGGUGAUGGCGUUCUUUCAUACCAGGAGUUUUGUGAUGGAAUGGCGGGGAAGCUCACUGUAGAGCAAAUCGACGAUCUGUUCGAAAAGUUAGAAAAAGAUGGCGACGGAGUUAUUUCCUUGGAUGAAUUUGUUCUUGCAAGAGUCUACCUUGCCCAGCUUGACUGCCAAUUAGUUGAUGAAUCCCUUGAACGAAGCAAGGCUUCUUUGGCCGAUCUCGUAAAGAAUAUCAACAAAGGGGAGAAUAUGAAAUCUUGCUUGCAAAUAUUUGAAACGGUCUCGAAGCAGCAGCAGCAGGCAAAGUGGCUCAACAAGAAACGACAGUACAUGAAGAUGCUGAAAUCGGAGUUUGACAUCGAGAUCAGAAACAGUUUUGACAAGGUAGAUUCUAGCCAAUCUGGCUCCCUCAUUAGAAGCCACGUGGUGGAUGCCAUCGAGAUUCUUGGAAAGAAGAUAGACGAUAAGCUUCUCGACACCUUGUAUGUCCAGCUGGACUGCGACAAAAAUUCUAGCCUGGACUUUACUUCGUUUUCCAGACUUGUGUAUGAGGUGAUGUUGAAAGGUUGCAGGCUCAAGAGCCGCAUAUCUCAGCUUGCCAUGCCAAAACCACCGAGCAUGGCAGAGAUCACAGUGCAAGAAUAUCUGGACUCUCUGAUCCAAGACGAACGCAGCAAGAACAUCUUGACCAAGAAGGCCAAUUCAACACGAAAUGCACGAAAAUUUGUGACAGGGUUGAAAAAGAAUGGAAAAUCAUUCAAAUCUGCUGCUGAGGAAACCAAGGAUAAUUUUCUUGUGUUCGAAUUUGAGCGACUUGAUAGAAAUGGAGAUGGAGAGCUAACUUCAGACGAAUUGUUCGAGGGAUUGAAACACAGAAUAGGACAAGAUGAACUUGCUGAUCUCUUCGAUCGGAUGGAUAAGAACGGAGAUGGAAAAAUCACUCUUGACGAAUUCAUUGAGGCCGGGCAAAUGAUCAGCUUUCGGGGUGUGUAA